AUGUCAGCUCGGGUGGCUGGUGGGUAUUGUCAGCAAUGUUGGGGUGCCUGUGGGCUCCAGCAGGAGCUGGUGUCUGGGGGUGCACUCCCAAAGCACUUCCUUGCAGAGUUAGCUGACAGCUCCCUGUCAGGGGUUUCGCCCCACUCUCAGCGGAGCACCGUCUCGCUGGAGGACCUGGAGCUCCUCCUGGCCGAAGGCCUGACCAGCCCUGAGCCCUUGAGUCAGGAGAACUCAGAGUCCAGCCACCUGGCGUCCAAUGCCUGUGUCCCCGAGCCAAGCACCUCCAAGCGCUGGGAGAAGCUGGAGCAGUGGGUGGGUGACCUGCAGGCUGAGGUGGCAUGCCUGCGUGGACAUAAGGAGCGCUGUGAGCACGCCACCCUGAGCCUGCUGCGGGAGCUGCUGCAGAUGCGGGCCCACGUGCAGCUGCAGGCCUCAGAGCUCCGGCAGCUGCGGCAGGAAAUGCAGCAGGUGGCCCAGGCCCCCGAGAAGGAGGCAUUGGAGUUCCCUGGACCCCAGAACCAGAAUCAGAUGCAGGCUCUGGACAAAAGGCUGGUGGAGGUCCGGGAAGCCUUGUCCCAGGUCAGGAGGAGGCAGGCCCUGCAGGACGUGCAGCGGAAGGGUGCCCAGCAAGAGGCCAACCUCAGGCUGACUAAGCUGACCGGCUUGCUGAGGCAGGAGGAGCAAGGCCGGGAGGCGGCCUGCAGUGCACUGCACAAGAGCCAAGAGGAUGCCAGCCAGAGGGUGGACCACGAGGUGGCCAAGAUGCAGGCCCAGGUAACCAAGUUAGGCGAGGAGGUGAGCCUCCGUUUCCUGAAGAGGGAGGCCAAGCUGUGCAGCUUCCUGCAGAAGAGCUUCCUGGCCCUGGAGCAGAGAAUGAAGGCCUCUGAGAGCACACGGCUGCAGGCCGAGGGCAGCCUGCGGGAGGAGCUGGAGGGCCGCUGGCAGAGGCUGCAGGAGCUGACAGAGGAGCGUGUGCAGGCCCUGGGGGCUCAGCGCCAGGAGGAGGAGGGCCACCUGCUGGAGCAGUGUCGGGGCCUGGACGCGGCCGUGGUCCAGCUGACAAAGUUCGUGCGGCAGAACCAGGUGUCAGUGAACCGCAUCCUGCUGGCUGAGCAGAAGGCCCGGAAUACCAAGGUGUGCCUGGAGGAGAGCCAGGCUGGGGAACUGGCCUCCUUUGUGCAAGAGAACCUGGAGGCCGUUCAGCUGGCUGGCGAGCUGACCCGGCAGGAGAUGCAGGGUGCUCUGGACCUGCUCCGAGAGAAGAGUCAGGUCCUAGAGGGGUCAGUGGCCCAGCUGGCCAGGCAAUUGAAGGACCUGAGUGACCACUGUCUGGCUGUGAGCUGGAGGCUGGACCUUCAGGAACAGACAUUGGGCCUGAAACUAUCUGAGGUGAAGACUGAGUGGGAGGGUGUGGAGAGGAAGUCCCUGGAAGACCUGGCCCGGUGGCAGAAGACAGUCUCAACUCACCUGCGGGAGGUGCAGGAGAAGGUGGACGGCCUCCCGCGGCAGAUAGAAGGCGUCUCAGACAAGUGUAUCUUCCACAAGAGCGACACAGACCUGAAGAUCUCAGCCGAGGGCAGGGUCAGAGAGUUCGAAGUUGGUGCCAUGAGGCAGGAGCUGGCCACCCUGUUGUCCUCUAUGCAGCUGCUCAAGGAGGAGAGCCCCGGGAGGAAGAUCGCUGAGAUCCAGGGACAGCUGGCCACGUUUCAGAAGCAAAUGAUAAAACUGGAGAGCAGCAUGCAGGCCCACAGGACCAUCCAGAACCUUAAGUUCAACACAGAGACCAAGCUGCGCACAGAGGAGAUUGCAACCCUGCGGGAGAGUGUGCUGCGCCUCUGGAGUGAGGAGGGCCCUUGGCCAUUGACACUGGGCAGCAGGCGGGUUCUCAUGUCCCUGGUGAGGCAGCGGUUCUUCAUCAAGGAUGUGGCUCCUGGAGAGCUGGUCUCCGUGAACUGCUGGGGCGUGUAUCAGACUGUGAGGUGGCUGCAGUGGAAGACCGUCCUCAUGAACCUGGUGGUCCGGCAGAGGCAAGGCGUAGUCUUGAAGACAUUCCACCAGUAGCCUGCACCCCAGCGCACGUCCUUGUCCCUUUCCCAGAAAUAAAUGUGCUAGCUCUUGUACCA